AUGCUCAUGUCUCAGUGGUCCUUGCAAUUGGUCGCUAUAAUGGCCCUUGCUGUUUUUACAGUUGCUUAUUGUCAGGAAAAUGAAAGGCGGGCAGUGACUGAGCACCAGCUGAUGCACGAUCGUGGCCGAACUAUCCAAAGCCUGAAGAGACUCAUCUGGCUUUCCAGCGCCAUAGAGGGGCUCCACACCGCCCAGACACGUACCGCCGUGAAUGACAUAGGCUCCAACUGGCGCUCCAGGGGUCCCCUGCAACUCCUCAGUCAGGCUUAUGAAGACAGCAGCAGCCCCAAGGGGGCAAUGGAGACCUUUCUGAGUGAUUUCUACAGACCCCACUUCUCAGCUGGCCUUCCCGGUGGCAAAAAAUAG